AUGUGUCUUUCUUUUCUGUGCUGUUAUUGAAGGAAUAAGAAGAAAUCUACAGCAAAAGUACUUACAGUAGCACCAAUGGUAUUUUCACAGCAAAUGGAGCAGCAGUCAUCAGACUCUCUUAGUAGCUUAAGAGCGGAACUAAAUUCUUUAGGUAUUCCUACAGAAAAAGAAAAAUAUUAUCAAGAAAUUGGAGGAGUUUUGAUACUAAAACGAGCCUCAGCGAGUGUACAGAACUCAGUGUGCUUAAAAGAAAUUUCAAUCGAAAUCGAGUCACCGAUAAAAGAUCGUGUAAAAAUGGCUAGGGAGCGUUUAAUGACUUUAUAG